AUGGCUCCGAUCGCCCCGUUGCGCACGAUGGCGCUGUCCAUGGGCCCCUCGAGAAGGGCGGCCUUGUCCUGCACCGUCUGCGCAGCAAGGCGGCACCUGAGCACCACUCGUCCACGGCUCGCCGAAAAGCCCCAAGCCCCGAACCCGGCCCCGGCCCCGGGCGCCGCCCCGGUAGAGCAACCAAAGCCCGAUCUGCCCGGGUCCGCCAUCCACGCACCGAGAGCAUACGGCAAGAAGGUCAAGGACUUCACGCCGGAGCCGUUGCCGCGGCCCAUCGGCAUGGCGCAUCCGCCGCACCCAGAGGACAACUCGGGCGUCGACAGGAGGUCGUUGCAGGAGAGGAGGGAUGACUUCGUCGACUAUGACAAGCACCUCGUUCGCAGGAAGGAGCUGAAGGAGAAGAUGGCCCGUCCGUACUUCCGCGACUGGCGCAACAUGCAGUUCCACGAGGGCAAAUCCUUCAUCGCGCCCCCCUUGCCGUUCAAGGGCAACAUGUCCCUCUUCUUCCCCAACUUCGUCGGCGACACCCUGCUGAAGGAGAGCGGCGCCAACCCGCGCGACACGACGCGGACGCUCCUCAACAAGGUGACGGUGGUGGCUAUGUACAGUAGCAAGUGGGCCGAGGACCAGACCAAGACGUUCGUGUCCCCCGAGGCGAACCCGGAUCUGCAUGAGCUCGUGGCCAAGAUGGACGGCAAGGCGCAGAUUGUCCAGCUCAACAUCGAGGACAACUCAUUCAAGGCGUGGAUCGUCAAGCUGUUCAUGAACAACCUGCGCAAGCAGACCCCCGAGCGCGACUGGGACAAGUACUUCCUGGUCCCCCGCGCCGUCACCAACGAGAUUAGCGAGUCCAUCGGAUACUUGAACAGCAAGGUCGGCUACGUGUAUCUCGUGGACAACCUCUGCAGGAUACGCUGGGCGGCGAGCGGUCCUAGCCAACCGGACGAGAGGGAUAGCUUGGUGAAGGGAAUGAAGCUGCUCUUUGCCGAGUGGGAGAAGAUGGAGAAGGCGUCGGAAGUGGCGAAGCUGGCUGCCAGGGCUGCCGAGGGGGAGAAGACAGUGAAGAAGAAGAAGAAGUCCACAUACAGAUUUCAAACAUAA